AUGAAAUGUCACUUUGAUCUGCCUGGAACUGUGUGCGCCAGUUGUCAUCGACUAGGCGAAGCAUGUUUCCCAAGGAAAAGGCAGCGCAUGGGACGUCAGCCCCGUGUGAAAAAGUAUCCAUCGGGAAACUCGUCUAUCAUGCGGUUUGAGUCGACAAGCCAAUACGACUGGGAAAGGCAAUCACCUUCUGACUGCGACAAACUCUCAGCUCCUACGGCAUGUUUUCCUAGAUCAUCAGCUAGUCAGGAUGUGGGUUGGAUGGUGAAUAAACGAUCUACCAUCUUCAUGAGUGACAAAGGCAUGCAACUGGCCACAUCUAUUGUGCGCACACCCGAACCGCCUGGGGCGGCUUAUCGCCAAGUUUACAACAUCCUUGUCAACAAAGACUCGUUCUACGAGCUCCAUCGCCAAUUUAUGUUAGGGCGAGAAUAUGCCGAUGAGUUCCAGGCUGCAGUCCUAGUAUUGUUCAAUCGUUCCCCUCACAUUUUGUCUCCCGCUUACUACGCCGUAUUGGGUCUCGCUGCUUUCCGCAGUAUUUGCAGCAGAGGACUACACGGUUUUGAUUGGAGCAGGGGGGCUGAUUGCAUCCGAUGCUUAAGGCAUGCCUCACUCUUCAUAGCUAAUGUAGAAGAUGCUGCCGUUUUCCUGAUGCUUGGCCAACUUCUUUUGGUUUACAACCACCUGGUUCCCAGCUUCUGUGAGCAAGCUAUCGAAUGCGGUGCACUUCUGAGCGCCAAGGACUGGUACCCAGCUUUGGUUCUACGGCCAGAGCUGGAUUCGGUUACCCUUUGUUUGGUUCUAGUGGACACAGUCAAAUGUUUGAUUGCUCGUGAGUUGCCUGUUAUGCGGCUGACCGCUGUCGACCGAGGCACAUUCGACAGGUUCAUUGGCGCUUGCUCCUCUUUUCUUCCUCUACUUUAUGAUCUAUGUGAGCGGAGCUAUCAAGUCAAGAUGAGCAUAAUUCCAAAGGUUUGCGAGAAAGAGAACCUGGAGGCAAUCGAUCCUUACAAGGACAUUGAAAGGGAAAUUAGCGCUUGGAAGCCUCUGCCCCACGAGCCUCGUUCUUCGCAGCACGAACUUUUUGAAACGGAUGCAGCGCUGGCGCAGGCGAGUUUAUACCGCAUCGCGGCGUUGCUCGUCAUACAUCGCCUGCGCUUUCCCAUCGGUAAAGAGGACAGCACUGCGCGUCGCACGUGCUCGUCUGAAGGAACGGGGAUUGGGCUGGAUUUCCCACUUUUGGUCGCCAUGAUGGAGCUCCCUAAUCGAGGUGAACAAGUGUUUUGGGCGUUGGACAACUUUAGGAUCCGGCAAAACUUUAGCAACCUUGCGCAGUUUGUCAAAUCGGUCUGGGAAGAGUAUGAUUCAGGUUAUGAUGGCCUUUGGCUUGACCUUAUACCCCGCAAGUUACAAUUGCCAAUGUUGCCCUAG